GGAGAUAGUGGGUUAUUUAUGAGCUAGGGACAAAAUUGAGCUAUAGAAGCAGAGAGUUAAUAGGACGCUAUAGCAAUAGAGUUGAGUUGCAAAAUCUCAGCUUGCAGGAUGAAUGGGUUGUAGAUCUCUCUCAAAAGAAUGAAGCCAAGAAGGGAAGUAAACUUCCCUGGGAUAAUGAUAUGAGGGUGACGUGCAGAAUAUUGACGCUUCUGAAGCAAAGGUGUAGUAUUCCCCAGGAAAGCGAAACCCUGGAAGUUCAGCCUGACAAGCAAGAGGAGUUCGCAGCUCACGCAGAUAAUUCUGAGACAGGCAGUCCCGAGCGCAGGCUGGGCUGCCAAGGAACCCAGGAGCUGGACGGCUCGUCCCAGUGGCUGGCUGACCAGAAUGAGGCCGGUUCCGAGCAUGCACUGGAGCAGGAAGCCAGCACUACAACCGCAAACGAAGCUGUUGGGACGAGAGGCAAAGAGCAAGAGAGAACUAAAAUGCAGAGCAGUCCUCCCCAACAGCAACAUGCGCUGCAACCACAGGUAGAGUUGGAGACUGCAUCGGACAGAAUGACAGGCAGUAACCCAGUGUCACCAGCCUCCUCGGGCUCACCUGCCUCAACUGGCAGCAUCUCACCACCACAUCUCACCCACGACUCCUCGCUGGACAGUCACCCAGGUUUUGAUGUUCCCAAGACACAGAACAGAGCCCUUGUGUCGCCCGGGAUGUACACCUCCCCGGACCCUGCAAGCAUGUGGGACAAGACACACGCGGAGAUUGCUGAGCAGGCCAAGCAUGAGGCAGAGAUUGAAAACCGCAUCGCAGAAAUGAAGAAGGAAGGGUUCUGGUCCAUGAAACGGCUGUCGAAGGUGCCUGAGCCAGUCCGGCCCAAAGUGCACUGGGAUUAUCUUUGCGAGGAGAUGCAGUGGCUGUCUGCUGACUUUGCCCAGGAGCGCCGAUGGAAGAGGGGUGUUGCGAGGAAGGUGGUGCGCAUGGUGAUCAGACACCACGAAGAGCAGAAGCAAAAAGAAGAGCGAGCCAAACGGGAGGAGCAGGCCAAGCUGCGCCGUAUUGCCUCGUCCAUCGCCAAAGAGGUCAAGCAAUUCUGGAGCAACGUAGAGAAGGUUGUGCAAUUCAAGCAGCAAUCACGUCUGGAGGAGAAACGGAAAAAAGCCUUGGACCUGCAGCUAGACUUCAUAGUGGGCCAGACAGAGAAAUACUCGGACCUACUGACCCAGAGCCUCAAUGAGACCUUUCCCGUUCCCAGCAAGACCGGCGGCUCCCAUGCGGGCUCUACUGCCUCUAGCCCACCGCACCCCAGUCACCUCACUGAGGAUGAAGAUGGGGAUUUUCAACCCCAUGACGAGUCGGAUGAUGAGGAGACUAUCGAAGUAGAAGAGCAGCAGGAAGGGAAUGAUUCAGAGACUCAGCAACGGGAGAUUGAGUUGCUUAAGCAGGAGAGUGAACUGCCCCUGGAAGAGCUGCUGCAGUCACUGCCACCCCAAAUUUUGGAGAACUCCUUCAGCGUUCCCCCUUGUGCCUCUAGUUCUGAAAAUGAUGAAGAGGAGGAGGGUGACAGUGAAGAGGAAGAGGAGCAGGACGAAAAACAGACUUCCAAGAAGUUAAAGGAGAAGCCAAAGCCCGUUACUCAGAGGAAUAAAAAACCCUGGAAGCCCGAUGAAGAGGAUGAGGAGUUCACUGCCAAUGAGGAGGAAGCUGAAGAUGAAGAGGAAACAAUAGAUGCAGAAGAAAAGCUGGAAGGAGAUGUGGAUCACAGCCAGGAGCUGGAUGAGCUGGCCAAGGAAGGUGAGCUGCCCAUGGAUGAGUUGCUGCAGAAAUACGCUGGCGCCUAUACCUCAGACUUUGAGAUGGAGGAGUCGGACACGUCAUCCGAGGCCUCGGAGCCCAGCACUUCUGAGUAUGAGGAAGAGUCAGAGGAAGAAGACAGCAGUAGCCAGUCAGAUUCCACGGAAGAGGUGGAGAGUGAGCAGGAUGAAAGUGAAGAAGAGGAUGCCAUGGAAGGCGGGGAAGAAGAAGCCUCUGUGAGCCAGGAGGAGGACUUUGGUGUUGCGUAUCUUCUGAAGCAGGAUGAGGAUCGUGGUGGCGAGGGAGACAAUGACUCGACUCCAGCCCCAGGGCCCAAGAAGGAGAUCACAGACAUAGCAGCCGCAGCGGAAAGCCUGCAACCCAAAGGUUAUACCUUGGAUACUACGCAGGUUAAGACGCCUAUUCCCUAUCUGUUGCGUGGGACACUGCGAGAAUACCAACACAUUGGUCUGGACUGGUUGGUCACCAUGUAUGAGAAGAAACUCAAUGGUAUUCUGGCGGAUGAGAUGGGGCUUGGCAAAACAAUCCAGACGAUCUCGCUGCUGGCGCAUCUGGCCUGCGAAAAGGGCAGCUGGGGCCCCCACCUGAUCAUCGUUCCCACCAGCGUGAUACUGAACUGGGAGAUGGAGAUCAAGCGCUGGUGCCCCAGUUUCAAGAUCCUCACCUACUACGGGGCACAGAAGGAGCGUAAGCUAAAACGGCAGGGUUGGACCAAGCCCAAUGCCUUUCAUAUCUGCAUCACCUCAUACAAGCUGGUACUGCAGGACCACCAGGCCUUUCGACGCAAGAAUUGGAAGUAUCUGAUCUUGGACGAGGCUCAGAACAUUAAGAACUUCAAGUCUCAGCGUUGGCAGUCUCUGCUAAACUUCAACAGCCAGAGGCGGCUUCUUCUGACCGGAACUCCUCUCCAGAACAGCCUGAUGGAGUUGUGGUCCCUCAUGCACUUCCUGAUGCCCCAUGUCUUCCAGUCCCACCGCGAGUUUAAGGAGUGGUUUUCCAACCCACUGACGGGCAUGAUUGAGGGCAGCCAGGAGUACAAUGAGAACCUGGUGAAAAGGCUACACAAGGUGCUGCGGCCCUUCCUGCUGCGGAGGGUGAAAGUGGAUGUAGAGAAGCAAAUGCCAAAGAAAUACGAACAUGUCAUCAAGUGUCGGCUUUCCAAGCGCCAGCGUUAUCUCUACGAUGACUUCAUGGCCCAGGCUACCACCAAGGAGACAUUGGCAACGGGGCACUUCAUGAGCGUCAUCAACAUCCUGAUGCAGCUCCGCAAAGUCUGCAACCACCCCAACCUCUUUGACCCACGGCCAAUCCACUCGCCAUUUAUCACAGAAGGCAUCUGCUUCAACACAGCUUCCCUCAUCCUCCAUGCCCUUGAUAACGACCCUUUCAAGCAUGCGGACUUGGGCAUUUUCGAUCUGAUCAACUUGGAGGGUCGUGUGUCCCGUUAUGAGACAGACACCUUCCUGCCCAAGUGGAAGGUGACAAGGAAACUGAUUGAAGAGAUUGCUGAGUCCCCAGACCCUCCUCCCAGACCCAAGCCGGUCAAGAUGAAAGUUAACAGGAUGCUGCAGCCAGUGCCCAAGCCGGAGAACCGAACUGUGGUGCUGGUGAACAGCCCUCGUCCCACAACCCCUCUGCAAAAGCCCAUUGCCCCUGUCCUUCCAGAGACACUGACGCCUGCUCUGGCCCCCAUCCAACACCCGGGCCCAGUCUUGCCAGGACCAGUGCAGCCCCCCACACUCCCUGUUGCGGUCUCUCUCCCCAUGCCCAUCCCUUUGCCCUCCUCACCAGUGACCAUGUCAAUACCAGUGCCGCCUUCCAUCAGACCACAGACCCAGACUCUAGUGCCUACGCUGAGCCAGAACAACACAGCUGCUGCUCUGCUGCAAGGCCAGGCCUCUACUCCACAGGUCCUGCCUGUGGCGAUGACUGCAGCUCAGCUGGUCCCAAAUGCUCCCCGACCCCUCCUCCAGCCAUCUCCUCUUCCCACCGCCACCACAGCAUCUUCCUCGCUGAAACCUGGUGCACUGCCAGCCCCUGUGGGGCAGCAGCAGCCCAUCAACACCUUAGCCAUCACGUCCUUGGGGCAGCAGCAGCCCAUCAACACCCAGCCCAUCAGCCCCUUGGGUGUCCCUCCCAUGGGGCAGCCACCUCUGCCCAUCAGCACCUUGGGUGUGUCCUCUGUGGGGCAGCCGCCACCGCCCAUCAGCACCGUGGGUGUUUCCCCCAUUGGACAGCAGCUGCCACCCACCAACACUUUGGGUCCAGCUGCUACAGCCCAGCAGUCAACCAGCACCAUGGGCACAGGCGCCAUAGGAGGCAUGAUGAAGCCCGUGAACAUCCAUUCCGCUGUGCCCACCUUGCCAGGCUACAACUUUGCAACUGCUGGAGCCCUUCAGCAAAGGCUUCUGCUGUCCCCGGAUAUGCAGGCACGGUUGCCCUCGGGCGAAGUGGUAAGCAUUGGGCAGCUUGCCUCACUGGCCACCCGGCCCCUGCAGAGUGCUCCAGGGAGCAAACCCCUCACCUUCCAAAUCCAAGGCAACAAGCUUACCUUGACGGGUACACAGGUCCGGCAGGUCACUAUGCCUCAGCCAGCCCGACAGCUGCCAAGGAAUGUAGUUCACCUGGUGUCGGCCGGGGGGCAGCACCACAUCAUCAGCCAGCCAGCACAGGUUGCUUUGAUCCAGGCCAUGUCUCAGCAGACUGGGCAGGCCCCAGUUGGGGUGCAGGCUGUGCCAGGCCACCAGCCUCCCACCAUCCUGCCUGUCCCAGCUACCAGCACAGCUGCUGCAGCUGUGGCUUCCACAGCAACUAUCAGCCUCCCCAUUGCUGCCACCCAAGUGCCCUCAUCAGCAGUGAACAGCUCCGGUGUGGUGAAGAUCGUUGUGCGUCAGGCUCCUCGAGAUGGCCUGCUGACCCCGUCCCCUGGCCCGCAGCAGCCAUCUCUGCGCCCUGCUACAGCAACAACUGCUGCCACACUGCCUGGUCUCCCAGCGGCCCUCAUGGCCCAACGAGCCCCGCUCCCCAUGACUCCUGUGCCGCCUGUCAGGUUGCCUGCUCAGCCACUGGUGCCAGUUAGGGCGCCCACACCAGCUCCCUUGCAGGGCCUUGUGAGACCCAUGCUGCGAAUGGUACAGGCCCCAAGCCCCAGCCUGGAGCAACAGCUGGUUGCAGCUGCCACACCCCCGAUAGCGGCUCCGUUUGCGGUCACUCCAGCGGCCACCGUCACUGUUGCCGCCAACACUUCCCCAGCUAUGACUUCCCAGACAGCCUCAAGCACAGUGCCCAAGGAGGAGCCAGAGAUGUUAACGCUGCGCUCCACUACCCCAACGCCGCCACCGCCCCCUUCCGUCCUGGCCCCACGGCCAAGGCGGCAGCCGCCUCCCCCACCUCGCUCACCCUUCUAUCUGGAAUCACUUGAAGAGAAGCGGAAGAAGCAGAAGGAAGAGCGCCUCGACCGUCUCUUCCGCCUCAAUGAGCAACACUGCAACCUUGUGCCAAUUUACGGCACUGAGGUGCUACACUUUUGUACUCUUUUCCCCCCUGCUCCCCCUCGCUGGAGGGAGGAGGAGGAGGAAGAGGAGCCAGCAGCAGCACCAGCCCAGGAAGUAGAGCCCAAGGGCUACAGAGGGGCUAGCUAUGCACACUGUUAUGCAGCACAAGUGCAAAAGGACCCCCAUCGCCUCGAGGCUCAUUGGCAGCGGGCAGACACCUUGGCCCAGGCUAUCUUGAAGCCACAGCAGCGAAUUGAGGAACUGACAGACAUUAUUGAGAGGUUCAUCUUUGUUAUGCCUCCUGUGGAGGCUCCUGCUAUCACCAUGCAUACCUCUCACCCGCCCCCAUCACUCCUGCUCCAGCAGGCUGUUUUCAAGGAGACCCUGAGACAGGAGCUCUCGCCGCGUGCAAGCGGCCUGCACCAUAUUGUCUGCAACAUGCGGACUCAGUUCCCAGACCUCCGCCUCAUCCAAUAUGACUGUGGGAAACUGCAGACUUUGGAUGUUCUGCUGCGGCAGCUCAAGGCUGGUGCCCACCGGGUCCUUAUCUUCACUCAGAUGACUCGCAUGUUGGAUGUGCUGGAGCAGUUUCUCAAUUAUCAUGGACAUAUCUACCUGCGGCUGGAUGGUAGCACCCGUGUGGAGCAGCGGCAGGCACUGAUGGAGCGCUUCAAUGCAGACAAGCGCAUCUUCUGUUUCAUCUUGUCAACGCGCAGUGGUGGUGUGGGAGUGAACCUGACGGGUGCUGACACUGUGGUGUUCUAUGACAGUGACUGGAACCCCACCAUGGAUGCCCAGGCCCAAGAUCGCUGCCACCGUAUCGGGCAGACGCGUGAUGUUCACAUCUACAGGUUGAUCAGUGAAAGGACAGUGGAGGAAAAUAUCCUAAAGAAGGCCAAUCAGAAGAGGAUGCUUGGAGAUAUGGCUAUUGAGGGCGGCAACUUCACGACAGCCUAUUUCAAACAGCAAACAAUUCGUGAGCUGUUUGACAUGCCCCUAGAUGAGCCAGCCAAGAAAGAAGGGGAGGCCUCAGCCGUAGCACAGGAGGAUGAAGAGGACCCCAUGGCCACCAAGCAGACACAGAUUCUGGAGCAGGCACUGUGCAAGGCAGAAGACCCUGAAGACAUCCGGGCAGCUACCCAGGCUAAAGCAGAGCAAGUGGCUGAGCUGGCAGAGUUCAAUGAGAACAUCCCUUUGGACACAGAAGAUCGGCCCAGCAGGGAAGAAGAAGAGGAGAUGUCUAAAGCUGAACAGGAGAUUGCCUCACUGGUGGAACAGCUCACCCCUAUUGAACGUUACGCCAUGAACUUCCUGGAGGCAUCUCUAGAGGACAUCAGUCGGGAGGAGCUGAAGCAGGCAGAGGAACAAGUAGAAGCUGCCCGCAAAGAUAUUGACCAGGCAAAGGAUGAGGUAGUCUUCAAGCUGCCAGAGGAUGAGGAUGAGAGCUAUCUCGUUGAGGAAGGCACCAGCAAGAAGAGUAAGAAGUCCAAGGGUUCAAGCCGCACAGCCUCAGAGAGGACAGGCACCCGCAUGAGUGAAAGGCUGCGUAGCACCCGCCUCCUGCUGCGGGAUGGGGAGAGUGGAGAUGGGGAAUCCCCCCAGGCAAGACUACCCAAUCUCCGGCAUUCCCACAUGGUGACGGAUGAGGAAGACGAUAGCCUGCCCCAAGUAGCUCAACACACGCGAGGGGCUGCUGUGCGCAGGGAGUUGGUGCGGGAGGAGAAGCCUGUCCAGGCUGCCCUGCACUCCCGCAGAACUUUGGCCCGCCGAGAGGAGCCCUGGACUAAGGCCCCAGUGACUGGGGAGAGGGUGCCGAAAACAGCUCCCCACAGGACUGAGGCUUCUGCUUCUGGUGACAGGGUUUUGAGAAAUAAUCCCCACAGGACAGAGACCUUGUCUGCUGCGGAGAAGUUGCUACCAAUUACUCCACAGAAGGCAGAUUCAGGGGCUGCAGGUGACAGGAUGCUAAAAGGAACCUCUCCAAGGACAGAAACCCAGCCUGCUGGUGAUAAGUUGCCGCGAAGUGGCCCCCAGAGAAUAGAUACUGGCUUGGAUAAGGAGGUGAGACCAGGCCUGCAGAAGCCUGAGAAACCCUGUGAGUUGGAUAAACUCCCAUCCAACCCUCCUAGGUUAGAAAUACCAAUCAAUGAGGCCCAACUCCUCCAGCUUCCUCCUCGGGCACUUGAUGGAGAGGUGGCCAGUUUAAAAACAGUUUUAAAAGAGCAGGAAGAGAAAGAAAGUGCCCAGCUCAAUCCAUCAGCCCCUGAACCCCAUGUUUCCAAGAAUGUCCCAAAUGUAGAAGUACCAGUCUUCCAGGCACAAGAUGUGCUAGUGGCUGAUGAGAAGUUGUUGAGUACACAGUCACCACCUGGCCCUGAGAAGGCUGUCCUUGAGGUUCCAGCAACUAAAGAGAAGGCACCAAGCACAGUGAGUCUCCUUGCCAGUGUGGAACUACCUAAUGAGAAACAACCCGAGGCUGCUUGUGAGGUAGACCUACCAUUGAGGGAGCAAAAGGAGAGCCUGCCAAAGUCAGAGGAAGAAGCAGACAUGAGCACCUCUUGCAGUACUGCGGUCCAAGAGUCACUGAACUCUGUAUUUGAGGCACGCAGGCCUGAGGUUGUUCAAGGGGCAGCACCUUCCGACGGUCCUGACAGAACAGCAUCUAAGACAUUCACCUCUAGAAGCUCAGAGGCCACCCCCCUGGAGUCCACAGUUAGUGCAUCAUCCAGGUUGGACAGUGAGACCCCUAAGAUUGAGGUGCCUGUUCUUCCUUCCCUGGACCACUCCAUGCCAGCUGCUGGCUCCCUUGUUCAACUGGAAGCUCCGCCCUGUGUCAAGGAGCCAAAUGGUUUGGAGCAGGUUCCCAGAGCAGAGGACUUGCCAUGUCCCACUUCAAGCCUCCUAGAUGAGCCAGAGUCUGAGAUUGCACCUGGAGAGACUGUAUUGCCAACACCAGAGGUCUCAAGCAGUGAAAGCAAGAGCCCCAAGGAGUCACACAAGCAGGAUCAAGGGGUUGUUGGGAAGAAGCUUCAUGAGGAGGAGCACCAAAACAAAGAGGCUGAAAUUCAGGCCACGUGCCUGCCAGCUGUCUCCUCACAGGCGAGUCCAUCAGAUACUGCUGUCUGCUCAGGAACGCCAUCUGCAGAUGAGAGUCUGUCACCGAUUAAAACCCCUCGCCGUCGAACCAGUGCGGACGUGCAAAUCCGGCAGAGCUGUCAGGACCAAGAUGGCCCUGCCGCCAAAGUUUUGCGCAAGCUGCCAGGGCGGCUGGUCACAGUGGUGGAGGAGAAAGAGCUGAUUCGGCGUCGCCGUAAUCGUGUGCGCAAGUUGGAUACUGCCAACAGCACCGUGGUGAGUCCCAGCAACAGCUCAGCUCAGAGCAUGUCAGAGCCAGAGCCCUCCUCCCCUUCUGGCAAAGAGUUGCCAUUGCUGCGAGACUUGCCUGCCCGUCGGAGAAUCGAGCUGGAGAGCCGGGCAGCAGCUAAGGAGAGAGAUGGUGGCCUAAGAGGAGAGGCGCACGCUAGCCCUUCUGCUGAGCCUAUGAAACGCAAGCGAGGGCGUCCCCCCAAGAACAAGUCCUCUGAGCAGCAGAGUCCAGGGCUGCUCCGGCCCCUCCCGGAGCCUGUCCAGGAGACCACCCCCCAGAGUCAGACCGCAGAGAAGAAGGUGCCCGAGACCCAGCCGCAAAGCAAGACCUCUGAGAAGAAGGUGCCCGAGACCCAGCCCCAAAGCAAGACCUCCGAGAAGAAGGUGCCCGAGACCCAGUCCCAAAGCAAGACCUCUGAGAAGAAGGUGCCCGAGACCCAGUCCCAAAGCAAGACCUCUGAGAAGAAGGUGCCCGAGACCCAGUCCCAAAGCAAGACCUCUGAGAAGAAGGUGCCCAAGACCCAGCUCAAAAGUAAGAUGCUAAACAAGAAGGUGCCCCAGACAACCUCACCCAAGACCAAGUCUCCCAAGGGUAAAACGGAGAGUAGUGAGAACAACUCUCCUGUGGAAAAGCGACGGCGUGGCCGCCCCCCCAAGAUACGGGAGGCCCCCACUGUGUCUCCAAAGCCUUCUCAUUCUGAAGUUCUGCCAGCCUCCUCUGCAAAUCCUCUGGUCACAGAGCUACUCCCUAACGUGCAGGAGCAGCGGGACAAGUCCCCUAGGCCCACCCCUGUGGCAGAAGCAAUACCUAAGAUUCACGAAUCGCUGGACUUGCAUCCCAAUCCCAAUACAACGUCUAUCUCAAAAGUAUCCCCCAAGGCGCGGAACCGAAUGUCUGUGCAUCCCAAACCCUCCUCCAUUUCUAAACCAGCUCCUAAGGCACGAGAACUGUUGGCCGCUCCCCCCAAGCCUGUUUCCAAAUUCUCCGCAGGAGCGUGUGAGCCCCUUCCUACUCCCCCUAGAGCUGUCUCUGCAGCAGAGGGCUCCCCAGAGAUUCAAGCACUGCCUUCUCUGCCCCAACCACCCCGCCCCUCGCCCCAAGCUGCCCUCAGUUCCACAACUUCCGAGUCUCCGCCCAAACGGAAGAGGGGUCGGCCCCCAAAGAACCCACCUUCCCCUCGUGUGGAGGCCGCGCCACCUCCCACCUCACCCUCUGACCACGAGAUCUCCACCGAGAAGAAGGAGACCCCAGCUCCCCCUGUCCGCAAGCGGCGACGGAGGAGGAGAAAGGAUGAACUGGGUCCGUCGUUGCUGGGCGUCGGUCAGAGCUCCUCGGAGGGCGAGGAUUCCCGGCCGCUCACCAGGCUGGCUCUGCUCAAGCGCGAGGAAAAGCCAGAGUCUUGUGGCGAGGGCUUAGCCCAGCCCUCCCCAAAGCAGGCGCUCCCCGAGGGCGCUUCGUCUGCAGAGAGCAGCGCUUGGGAGCAGCCUUCUGGGGACACCCCCGCCCGCUCCACCCGCCUGCGGCCCGGCAGCCUCGUCCCACCACUGGAGCGCGAGACUCAGCGACGGAAACGCCGCUGCUUCCUGAAGGGCAGCCGGGUGAGCAACAGCAGCCGGUCACCCGCUCCCCAGGCCACCUCGGAGCAAGAGGGUGGGGAGUCCGAGUCCUCCCUGAGGUCCUCCUCAGAGUCCAGCAGCAACAAGUGCUCCCAGCAGCCCAAGCGCCAGUGCUAUGAGUCGGGCGGUGGGCGGGGCAGGGGGCGGGGGCGGGGUUGGCGCACUGGGAGCCCGGCUGACCGGAUUCUCCGUAGCGCAGCCAAGCCCAGUGACGGCACCCGGCCGGCCUCCUCCCCCAUCCCCACCAGGAAAACGGGCCCUGCUUCCGUGCCCACCUCAGCGGGGGGAGGCUCUGGGGUGCUAUCUCCCUCCUGCGCUCCUUCUCCGGCCGCCCCGGUUACCUCUUCACUAAGUAACAGAGGCCGCAAGCCCAAGACGUGACCACAGCGCGAGAAGUUCUGCCGUCAAUUCUCUGUGGGGGGUGGGCAAUGGCCAGCUCUUCCUCGCACAUACUGUAAGCAGUUUUAGCCCCCUGCCCCGACCCACCCCUUGCUCUCGAUCCUCCCGUUAUCAUGGAGGGCAGCCGAUGGGGCUCACCUGUCCCCACACAGCUCCCUGCAUUCCAGACUUGACUGUUAAGAGUCCUACUUGAAGGAGGAGGGGGGGGGAGGGCAGCAGGCGUGGCUGCUCCCUCCCGGAUGCUUUGUCUCAGAGCAGGGCGAGGGACACUCCUGCAGAAGUUGGCUAGCUCUGGAUGUGUAGCUCAGCUGCUCCCUCGCGGGGGAAGUGACAGAGCCAGCACUGUUCCCAAUUAAUUCUGCUACUUGUUGAUCAUGGAGUGGGUGGGGGAGCAGCCCCAUAGAGGUGUGGCCCCCUGAGUGACGCUUCAGGGCUCCCGCUGCCACUGAAUGGCCCCCGCAAAGUUCAGUACCACUUUGGGAAGCCUCCGUUCAGCCUUUCGUUAGGCACUUGCAUUCUUUUUAAAAUGAAAAUCACAUUUUGGGGCUCUUCAUCCUUUCCCUCGGCCCCUUCCCCUCAAGAAACCCGCAGGGGAUGCCCUCCUGAUUUAUAACACAAUUAGCUCUUACUUUUUUAAUGCCUCUGGGUUGGUUUUUAAAUGACAGUGACCAAAUGCUGGGUCCCCUUCUCUGGCUUUCCCUUUUGAUUGUCGCCCUGUUUAUUCCGUUCACAGCUUAGGGCCCUCUUGAGGCACAAGGAGGUAGCAGAGUUGACUCCGUGAAAAGGGGAAGGUUGUGCCCUCACGUUUUGCGUUGCCACCAGGAGAGAUGGUCUUAUUUUUAAUGAUGUAUAUUGCAGCCUCACUGCUCCGAGGACUCUGUGGGCUUCUGAGUUGGAUCAAAUCCCUCUUCCCUUCCCUGCCUCUCUGUGUACAGCUCUCAUUGUAAAAUAGGUUCUUUUGAACAUAAUCUAUGCAAAGGUUAUUUUGUAUAGGGGAGCACAACGUUCCCUCCCCUCCCCCACCGCAGUGGGAUUGAGGGGUGGCAGUAGUUCUCUGGUUUGGGGGAAGGGGGUGCAGUUGGGGUGGAGGGGGAGGUGUUCCCAUGGAGCUGUCUUUCCUACUGAAGCAUGUUCAGAACUUGUACAGAAGACCGAUGUAAUCUUUCUUCAGAAUAAUGCUAUGAAUAAAGUGUUAAAAAAAGAAAAACCAACAGCACACCAAA